UAAAUUGAAGAUGGCGUCGUUUUGCCGAUCAAAUGAGUCAAAUAAUUUACAUUUCAAUUAAUUUCUUCACAUUAUAAUUGUUUUAAUCGUGUCUCAGUGAUCAAUUAAGAUAUACCUUGCAUUCUGCAGUGAUCUCACCGGGAGUUGUGUGUUCGGAAGCUGUCAAGUUUCCAAAAUAGACGAAAUGGUGGUGUGUGUUAUGUUAGAGUGAUAUCAGGACUGUGUUUACAUGAUUUCGCGGCAGAUCUGGUUAGAAUGCUGCCGUCCGUGGACGAGAGCCGAGGCUAUGACUUUCAGGACCCGGAGAACGCCGAUAAAUGGCGGGGUCUGUUUGUCGGGCCCUUGCGCAAGGUUCUAGAGCAGGUGCACCCGACUCUGAACGCAGAGGAGAGCGCCCUGCAGUAUGUGGAGUCUCUCUGUCUCAGACUGCUUGCAAUGCUCUGCGCUGCACCCUCGCCGCUCACAGUUCAGGAUGUGGAAGAACGCGUGGCUCGGUCGUUCCCGACGCCGCUGGACCGCUGGGCCGUGGCGGACGCGCAGCGCCGGCGCCGCAGCCUCGCGCUGCCCGUCGACCGGCUGCACCAGGCGCUGCAGAAGGAGGUCCUCCAAUACAAGAUCGACACAUCAGUCUCAGUUUUCAUGGCGGCCAUCUUGGAAUACGUUAGCGCGGACAUUCUCAAGUUGGCGGGAAACUUCGUCAAGAAAAUCUCGCAAAAGUCUGGUUAUGAGACUAUAACUAGUAGUGAUGUUAAGACUGCAAUGUGUGCCGAUAAAGUACUGAUGGACAUGUUCUAUCAAGAAUCCGAGUUAGUUUCCUCGCCAUCCACCGCCCCCCCUCCAGAAUUGGGGCGGCGAGCGUCACUGAGCUACGCUGAGUUGGUGAGAGACCUGUUGGCAGACGAGAAACACUUCCUGAGGGAACUCCAUCUCAUCAUCAGGGUGUUUAAGGAUGAGUUGGAGAAGAUCCUACAUAAAGACAGUGAGUCAAUAGCGCUGAUUUUCGGCAACAUUGUGGAUAUAUACGAGCUGACCACAACGCUACUUGGCAACCUCGAGGACGCCAUGGAAAUGUCGCAGGACUCGCCCACACCGUACAUCGGGAGUUGUUUUGAAGAAUUGGCGGAGGUGGAAGAAUUCCGCGCGUACGUACGAUAUGCUAACAUUGUGACGCGGAAGGAGUCUAGAGACGAGUUGCAGAGGAUAGUAUCUGAUCCAAUGUAUUCGGAACGAUUGGACACCGCCGGCCAUGGAUUUCGUCUCGCUGUCAAGUAUUACCUCCCGAAACUUCUUCUCGCGCCCUUAGCUCACGUAUUCCUAUACCACAACUACGUGCUGGCGUUGUUGCAAAUAGCGCCAGCGAGCGACGACAGGGAGAGCUUCAAGCAAGUGGAAUGUAACCUCCAUCCUAUAAAGAAGCUUUUGUUGAAAGCUACAGCCAACGGACCCAAGAUGGACACAACAUUAAGAAUGGCGUCGCGCGCUCGUCGCCAAUUGGCCAUAGAGAAGUGCAACGAAUUGGCCAGAAUUGUCGAAAAUUGGGAUAGUAGGGACAUCGGUCAGUGUUGCAAUGAGUUUAUCAGAGAGGACACGCUGUCGAAGCUGGGCGCGGGCAAGCGGCCGGCGGAGCGCCGCGCGUUCCUGUUCGACGGGCUGCUGCUGCUCUGCAAGCCCGUCUCCUCGCUCGUGGGCGUGAACAGCGGUACGUUGGUACCUGGAGGUUCCGCACAGCAUCAGCUCAAGCUAAAGGAGAAGCUACACGUGAGGAAGUUGGAGCUGAUAGACCGGCCAGAUACGGAUGAGGGCCGGCACCUCGUGGAGUUAUGCCCACGCGUGGGCCCGGGCGUGGUCUUGGCUUGCGCGUCCUGCGCGGAGAAGAGAAACUGGAUGUGUGACCUCGUCAUGUUGAACACUAAGCCUAUGUUGGAACGAACUGUUGAUAGCAUCCUCCUAGAUCUGGAGAGGCGUCACCCCCUGAAGCUGCCCCCGGCGUCGCUGUACCGGUUCGCGGUGCCGGACUCCCCGGACAACAUCGUGCUGGAGGACGCCGCCAGGCCUCACGCUGACAACGCACCGCCCCCGCUGAUAAAGGGCGCGACGCUGCUGAAGCUGGUGGAGCGGCUGACGUACCACAUCUACGCGGACCUGAAGCUGGUGCGCACGUUCCUGACCACAUACCGGUCGUUCUGUUCCCCGGCGGAGCUGCUGGCGCUGCUGGUGGAGCGCUUCCGCAUCCCGGACCCGCACGAGGUCUACGACCAGCCCGCGCAAGCGGAAGGAGGCGAAUGCACAGCGAGUAGCGACGCGGAGAAACUGAGUAAGAACACGGCGAGGGAAGACUGGAAGAGAUACAGGAAGAAGUUCCAGCAACCGGUCAAGUUUCGAGUAAUAAACGUGCUUCGCCACUGGGUGGACCAGCAUUUCUACGAUUUCGAACGGGAGCCGGCUCUGCUGGAGCGCCUGCGCACGUUCCUAGAGUCAGUGGACGGCAAGCCUAUGAGGAAGUGGGUGCAGAGCGUGCUGAAGACUCUCACGAGGAAGGCUGAGCAGAGCGAGGCUGAACAGGCGGGUGUGAACGCGGGCGCGGUGUCGCACGUGUUCAACAGGGCUCCGCCCCCCGUGCUGCGGCACGUGGCGGAGCCGGACAGGUUCGCGUGGCACCCGCUGUGUCUGCAUCCGCUGGAGCUGGCGCGGCAGCUCACGCUGCUUGAGUUCCAGCUGUACCGGCUCGUGAGGCCUUCUGAACUAGUGGGAGCAGUGUGGACGAAGAAAGACAAGGAGCGGACGAGUCCAAACCUGUUGAGGAUAAUAAAACACACGACAAACUUCACGAGGUGGAUGGAGAAGUGGAUAGUGGAGAGUGAGAACUUGGAGGAGAGAGCGGGAGUGCUGUGUCGGUUUCUGGAGGUCGCAAUAGCCCUCCGCGACUUUAACAAUUUCAACGGGGUCCUGGCGGUGGUGGCGGCGUGCGGCUCCGCUUCGGUCCACAGACUGAAGGCCACGUUCCAGCUGCUGCCCAUCCGGCUGCUGCGGGCGCUCGACGAGUUCAGGGAACUCAACUCUGACCAUUUUCGAAGGUACCAGGAGCGCCUGCGCAGCAUCAACCCGCCGUGUGUACCGUUUUUCGGCAUGUACCUCACCAACAUCCUGCACAUAGAGGAAGGGAACUUAGACUACCUGCCGAAUAGUGAAUUAAUAAACUUCUCGAAACGUCGGAAAGUUGCGGAGAUAACCGGGGAAAUACAACAAUACCAGAACCAACCUUACUGUUUGACUGUGGAACCUAAAACCAGAGCGUUCCUGGAGUCUCUGGAUCCGUUUCCCGGACAGGACGACAACGAGAUUACGAAUUAUUUGUACGCGAGGAGUUUAGAAAUCGAACCGCGACAGCCCGUCAAACAAAUGCCUAAAUUCCCCCGGAAAUAUCCGGAGCUGUCCCUGAAGCAGGUGAAAGUGUCCCGUCGAGCGCACCACGACGCCCCCGCGAACAGCAGCAGCAGCUCCGGCAACGCCAGCGGCGGAGGGGACGACACGCUCAGCGUCGGCGUCCCGCAGCUGUCGCCCACGGGCGCGGCGGCGUGGGACGGCGGCUCCGUGUCGUCGCUGUCGCUGUCGCUGUCGCUGGACGCGUCCCCGCGUCCGGAGCUCAGUCUGCUCGACAAGGGGCUGGCGCUCUUCGACAAGGGGAAACCUAGUAGAUAUAACCGCGACGAGCCGCCGUCACCGCGGGACCGGCACUCACCUAGACACGACAGGCAACCGUCGCUAGGCAGCGUGCCGGAAAGGAAGCCUCAAGCGUUAUCUCCGAGGGGGGCCAUAGUCGACGCGGAGCUGUUCUACUCCAAGAGCGCUGAACAUUUGGCGGGCAGGAGGCUCGACCAGGAGCGCGUGCCGCCGCUGUUGCCGCGCAGCAGCGGCUGCGCCCGCACGCUGCCGCCGCGCCGGACUGAUGUACUCGCACAAGGUAACUCGCCGCCGCCGUCUCCGCCCGAGCGGCCGCUGCCGAGUCCAAAACAUCACGAAUUAACUCGUGCCCCGGCGAUGUCCCCGCAGCGGUCGCCGGCGCCCCCUGCCCCCGCGCCACCCUCCACCGCCAGCCCUCUGCCCACCGCUGACAGGAGUUCGGCGUUCAGUUUCCCCGCGAGGGCCGCGCCCUCGCCCUCGCCCCCCGCGCCGCCGCUCACUCCGCAUCCGGGCGUAUGGUGCGGCACCCCCCCACCCCUCCCCCCCAGGAGACGUAGAGACUCCGCCGCCCCCACCACGCCUAGUUUCCAGCCGCCGGCGGCGAGCGCCCCCCGCGCGCCCCCGCCGCUGCCCCCGCGCCCCCCGCCCGCCCCCGAGCUCCUCAGACCCGCGCACUCCACCAUAUUGCAGAGGAGACAUCAUUCUAUGUCGGCGGCGGCCGCGCCCGCGCUGCCGCCGAAGCCCGCCGGCUGCUGCGUGGCCGCCGGCACCAGGCGCUAGCCGUUACAGCGUUAGCGGUUAAUCCACAGUCCUGUGCAGUGCCAAUAAUAGUUCCGCUUAGUUAUUACACGACGACACCGCAUUCUCAUAUUGUUGAUAUUAACUCUAUUGUACAAAAAAAAUGGUAGAAAGUUUUGUCUUCUCCGACACACUGGAGCCAAUGAAACACAAGAAUUCUUCGAAGUAUAUGUAUAUUCUGUGCAAAACAAUGGGAUAAAUGACAUUUUUUUUUCGAUUUGAUUAGUAUUCGAAGUAAUUGAGUGAAAAAAAAAACCACUGUAAUAAUGACAAUGCUUUCAAAGAUAUGACAGAAAUAAAUCAAAUCUUUUUUUAUUCGUCAAAACACUCCGUACUAAAUGACAUGUAGGAGUGACGUCACAACGUGAUAAAAUGUUCGCAAAGAAAGCUGUGUUUGUUCGACAGCUACACUAAAUAUUACGUUUAUGUUGAUGACUUGUUAAUAAAAGUUGUUACAAAAUUUUAGUUUUUUAUGAUGAAUUUUAAUGGACUUUUCUACCGACUUUAAAUCUUCGUAUUGAGAUCGAGCUGCAUUGUUACAGUCUAUGAAUUAUCAUAAUGAUCUUAAGUAUAUUUUAUGAUACUUUGAUUAAACAAAUAUUUUCCAUUUUUUGUCGUUGUCAUCUACUCUAUUAUAAUUUAAAAAGCGCACUUAUUUGUGAUGCUAUAAAAUAUUGACUACGAUACAUAUAAAGCUACAGUGUGUCAAUAAAGAUAUAAAAAGGGAUUUUUAAGAAACUAUAUUUUUUGCCAUGGCAACACCGAUGGUCACGAUUGGUUGGUAAACACCCAGUGUUGCCAGGAGACAGCGGCCUUAUUUAUUUUCUAUUUUUUACAACCACAAAUCCACAGUAAUAAUGUUAAUGUGUAACACGUGUAAACUCCGUUUUUUUUUUUUAAAUUACAAUCACGCCAUGUCUUUUUAUAAUUUUACAGCGAUAUAAAUUAAAAUAGACUUUUUAUGAAAUUACUAUUAAUAACUUUUGUGGUUAAUAAACGUUUUACUUUAGAAUGUUCUAAAAUCAGUUCUGACAAUCGAAGAUUGUUCACAUGUUUGAACUCUUAAGAAAAAACGGUGUUUACGUAUAUUUUUUGGUAUAUUGUGCAAUAAAGUUUCACUGGUCUGAUCGGUAGUUAUGUUGUUUCUUAGUAGCAAAAUGUAAAAACGAUCUUACGUCGCCACGUAAGUCAUUGUGCGUUUUACGCCUCGCUUUGAAAUAUACUUUAGCAAAAAAAAAAAGUGUGUAAAAAUAUUUUGAAAAACCAAUUUGUCGUGUCGUCGACUGUUAAGACGUUAAUAAUGAAUUAAUAAAUAGAGACAAAUAGUGAAUAAUUACAUUAUGCGUUGGUAAAAUUAUAUUAUUUUGUGCGGACAAACCUUAUGACUCACCGGCGUAUCUUUUACGUUAUAUAUCUGCAUUCAAAGUAACUGACUUUCAUUAUACUAGUGCACACUAAAGUUUCACGACAAUACUUGACAUUUAAAAGUUAAAAUGUUGAAACCUUACAAAAGUAUUAUCAUGCUGCACUAGUUUAAUGAAAAUUAUGGUUAGAAUAUUGAUUUGUUGAUUAGUUUCAGUUUUUGAUCUUAUAUCGGUCAGAUAGUCAAAAAACUGAUAAAAUUUUAUAUGUAAUAUAUUAUUGAUAUAUACAUAGGCAUGUUGUAUAUUUUGUGUUUUUAUUCUUGCAAUGGAUUGAAUAUAAAAAUUUUAAAAGCCCUAGGGGUCUGUUACACAGCUUACUGAUAAAAUAUCUGAUAGCCUAUAUGUAACAUAUCUAACUAAAAAAAAGAUAAAAAAUUUGUUUCACAAGUGUUAGAUAUUGCUAACUAGCAAAUGACAUCAUUCAUUGUAAUCUGACAGAUAGACUAGAUCUAGCAGUUAGUUUAUCUGUCAGAUUAAUAUUUUAUCAGGAAGUGGUGAAACAUGCCCCUAGCGAGUAAUACUCCGGUUCGUUAUAUAAAAUGUUAUAUAAUUGAUAUCAGUGUAAUAUUUGUGUCUAUAUUUAAUAUCAGUCUAUAUAAUUAUUUUUUUUUAUUAAACAUUAGUGACCGCCCGCGACUUCUUACGCGCGUAAUAAAAGCCUACGUUACUCCUAAUACAGAUUAUAUAGACUAAUAUCGACUAUAUAAUGUACGAUGGUACGAUGUGUGUAUGUAUGUGUGAGAUAAAAACAAUGCAUUUAUGUAUAUAGCUGCGUGGACGCAUUGACAUAACAUGUAUGUGUCUAUGGUCGAUUUUUACUACAAAAGUUUAUGGUUGUCAUUAUAUAUUCAAGUAAGUCAAUAUUAAAAUGUUUAUUUCUAUGUUUAAAAUUGUUUUUUUUUUUUUGCGAAGUAAGCAAUUACACCAUUUUUGUCGUUAUGUCAUUUAGAGCGAGGUCUCAUUGCCCCGUUGCGUCGUAACUCCGUUGUUUUAUAUAGGUUGAUCUGUCGACGGGCGUCAACGCAACAAGGCACGACGGAGCAAUGGGGCUGGGCUUUGCAAUUAAUUUUGAUGGCUUACUAUUCUGUUAACUACCAUUUUUCAGGUGGAAAUCGAUCGAAGACUUUUUGCUUCAAAAUCAUGAAAUCACACACAAUGGAAGUUAUAAAAGGACAAUUAUAUUUUAUAUAAUAUGAUCGUGGACUUAAAUAAUCUUUUUAAAGUAAUCACUAUGUAAUGAAUAUACACGGUUUGUGGUAUCAAACGCAAAACCUCCUAAAGACUACUCGGGUACAUCAAAACGAGCAACUUUUAUUCUACGACUUCGUGAUUCGUAGUUUUUUUUUUUUCAUAUAAAAAAAUACAAUCUAAUUUGCGAUUCUACACAUGUUAACUGUAUGUAACAGCCAAGCAACACGAGACAGUACAGUGGCGUUAUGUAGCGGAAUCGAACAUAGAGUUAAUGUUAUAUAGAAACGACAUUAAAACUAAAAAAAGUAAAAAUGUUUGUAUUUAUCACGUUUAGACAAAAGUCGUAGAACAAAAGAUGUUAGUCUCUAUGCACCUUAUGCGCCUUUGGAAGGUUAUGCGUUAGAUACCAGUGACCCUGUAUAAUUUCAGUUCUAUUUUUUUUUGUUCUUAUGCUAAAAGUUAGCAAUCAUUAUUAAGAUAAAGAAUUUAAUAAACCUAAUUUCUAACUUAAACUACAUUAUAUAUUAACGGAACUUAACACGAAUAUAAAAUGUAACUAUCAUAUCAACCACUUAAAUAAAUAUAAUCCCUUAUGUGGCUUUAUAAAAACUAGUGUGGGUAAUGUGAUUGUUGAGAAACUGCAUUCACUACCGCAACUUUACACCGCAAAUACUCCAGCCUGGCUGCGACCACGGCGACUGCAAGGCCGUCGAAACGUCAGCUGCAUUAAGUAAAGUGGUUCGCGGUAAGUCCCGUUAAUAUAUAUGGAGUUAAGUGGAAUACUGCCCUAACGACAUUAGGGGUUCUAUAAAAUUACAACAAUUUUGUAAUCACACAGAUUGAGCUAGCCCUAAAGUAAGUUCAAGACUUGUGUUAUGGGAUGCUAACUCAACGAUACAAUAUUUUAUAAUAAAUACAUAUAUAUAUAUAUAUAAACAUCCAAGACCCGGGCCAAUCAGAAAAAUAUCAUUUUCCGUCAUGACCCGACCGGGGAUCGAACCCGGGACUUCUCGGUUCAGAGGCAAGCACUUUGCCGCUGCGCCAUCAAGGUCGUCAAUUUUGUAAAAUUAAACACUUGAGUAAAAACAUUUUUUUUGCUACUAAAGUACGAAGCGCAGUACUUUUGUUGAUCUUUCAUAAAAUGCAUUUAAAACUAAUUAAUUUACUUUUUUCACAAUAACAAAGUGAUAUUACUGUUAUUUAUGAUGAAGAAAGAAUUGUAUGAAAGUAUGGCUGUUCGAGUCUCCAUACGCUUCAGUAAUAGAUAUGCCGUACAGUCAACACCACACCAUAAACCUUUAUGUUAAUAGCGGCGAGUUUCCAAUGAAUUUGGGUAGGUUUAUGUGCUGUUGAAAGUACACAAAAUGUGAAUAUAGUUUAUUGGGUUAUUUGAGACUAUUUUGAAUAUAUCUAUCUGUGUGCAAGUAACGCGCCAAAACUAUAACACACCAGGAGUUUGACACGAAAUGCGCAUAUCGCAAAAUGUACACUUGAAAGCAUUUUGUAAGAUCGCAAAAUGUGAAUAGAUUUCAAGGGGCCGACACAUACUCUCUCCCUCUUAUACAUAAUAUGAUUUUUUAGUGUACAACUUAUAUAAAAUGUACAAGUAUAACCUAUUUUAUAUAAAACUAGCCUUUGCCCACAACUUCGUACGUGAGUAAAAAUCCGUGUCCACGGAGAAUUUCAGGAAAUCCCUUCUUAGUGCUCCCCUACACUGUCCUACGUGUCCCGUGGGAAUUUACACACCGAAUUUCAGCUUUCUACGCCCAGUAGUUUCGUCUGUGCGUUGUCUGUCAGUCAGUCACUCAGUAACGCAAGAGUUUUAUAUAUAUAUUAGAUGUAUUAAACUCAUAUAAGUUACAACCAAAUAAGUAAUAUGUUAUGUUAUCGUUAGACUAAGAACGCAGUUUUAAUGGUCGUAAUGUUACUGUACUUUUUGAAAUCUAUGUUCGUUUUGCGAAAUGCACAUUUUGCGCCAGACUCUACUCCAGUGAUAAUGUAAAAUGUUACGACAUUUUUGUUUGCUAAAUUUCGCCGUGCGUGUCGUCUUUAAAACACGCCAGGCGAGUUUUAUUCAUUCAACAUUCGAGUUUUGUUAAUUGUUCCAAUAUUAUCAAAUUAUCUAAUUUUAAAUCUGAUAUUAGAUUGCUUAAAAACUCUCUUUUAUAAACUAUUAAGAUUCAAAAUAGAUUAUUUAUUUUAAAUAUUUUAUUUAAAGGUAAUAAAAUGUAUCAAAAUAGUCUCUUCAAACCGUUAAUAGUGAAUAUUAUACACGUUUAUGCAAGGUACAAUGUAUAUACGUCUCAUUCCAACAAACGAAAGAGACAAAUAUACAUUUAACGCCUCUUUAUUUAACCGUGUAGUAAAUUAGAAGUUGUAUUGUAUGUAUAGUUUAUUAGAUAUAUUGAUGUUUGGGGAGCUACUUUGGCCUACGUUCCCUAUAAUAUUAUUAUCAUAAUAUGGUGCCUCUUGGUUUGGUAGAGAAUCUGAUUUUUGACAAAUCUAGAAUGGAAUCUAAAUUACUCUACAUUUUGUUUCAAGACAUUGUAAAUUUAAAUUAAAUAUUACCUAAGUUAAGUAAGUUCUUAUUUCACUACAUUUUACAAAUAUCGUAUCACAUCUUAAUCCUUUACGGGGUAGACAUGGCCAAGAGUCGCAAAACUCAGCGACAUUUGGCAAGAUAGCCGGCUUAUUGGUGGAAUGAAACUCUGAAAUAGUAACAGCCAAUAUAGCUAGAAAAGAUUCCUUAAUAUCCCUUUCCCUUAAUUAACUUUUACAUGGGAGGACCAGCUGAUUAUCCGUUCUCCUUCCGAUCGUUUAGUUCGAUCAAAAUAAAUGAAUUUGAAAUCAGAUAGUCUCAAAAUCAAGUUGCGCCAUUGAUAUCCGUGAACGACCAACGUUGAGUUAAUUAUAAAGAUAUAUAAUCUUCAAUGUGCUGAUGAUAAAGCUUGGUCGUUUAAGGAUAGCAUUUCCGCAGUUGGUAGUUUUCAGAUUGUAUGCAUACACGUUAACGUUUAUGAUGGAAGAGCAAGUUUGCUUUUGAGAAAUACACUUAUUUUAUUUAUUUAUACAUAUUUAUUAGUUUUAUUUACGAGAUUGAUAAAAUAGACGUUUAAACUGGUCACAAUAAUUGUUUUUUAAAUUAUUAUUUUUGAAUAAUCUGUGCUUAAAUUUAAUUUUUGAUCUCAAAUACUCGACAGAACUCUGUGUGUUUUAAUUCAGGUACGAUUUAAUUCUUUGUAAAAUAAAUAAUAAAUAAAUAUAUUAGGACGAAUCACACAGAUCUAGCCCCAAAGUAAGUUUGAGACUUGUGUUCUGGGAUACUAACUCAACGAUACUAUAUUUUAUAACAAAUACAUAUACAGAAUUAGAUAAACAUCCAAGACCUGGGCCAAUCAGAAAAAGAUCAUUAUCCAUCAUGACCCGACCGGGGAUCGAACCCGGGACCUCUCGGUUCAGUGGCAAGAACUUUACCACUGCGCCACCGAGGUAGUCUAAUCGUCGUAAAAUGUUGCCAUAUUUCAAUUUCAAAACUGCCAAUAUCGAAAAUGCACUAAGAUUUCUACACACCGAGCGCGAUCAGCGUCAUAUACUAUGAGACUAUUAAGACUAAAAGCUAUAGCGAAAUCUUUUUUAUAACAUUAUCGUGCCCGAUGUGUAAAGACCUUUAUAGUUGCUAGUAGAUAUAAGGAAAGACCACCUGUACAAUAUACUGUAAAUAUAUAAUCUAAGCUUAAUAUAGACAUUCAUAUAUAUACAGUUG